ACUACUGCUACAUCUCACCUCUCCCCCCACCACCUCCCUUUCUCUCUCUCGACCUUUCUUCCCCACACACCUACACUUUGAUAGAGUGAAACAACACCAACCCCUUCUCGAAUUCCACAACCACAACAGAAAUUGCAGAAGAAGCAAUCGAUCAGGAUUACUGAUUUACUCUCUCUCUCCCCCUUUCCCCCUCUUCUUCUUCUCGGAAGAAACCAUGAGCUCCAUUCGUGAGAGCUUUCAGAAGCGAAGCUUCAUCCCCUCCAGACCCGUCAAUGAAGACCUCCCGGUAUCUCAGAAGAACCCAAAUGAACAAGGAUUCCGUCGUAGGCUCUCUUCCAUAUCAAUGAGAAUCAACCCCAUUCCAUCUCCUUCAGUUGCGUCAUUCAACUUUAUACCCAGAUCCAAAUCCAUGUCGGCGAUCGGAGAAUCUGCAGGAGGUUCCAUAAAGAAAUGGUGGGAUUGGGGAUGGGGUUGGAUUCUGUCCAGAAAGCCAACAUUCGCUAGAGAUCUGGAGAUGGACGAGGUGGAAACCACCAUGUUGGGCUGCCACAACAGGGGAAGCUGGAGACAUGUGUUCUACAAGGUGAGAUCUGAGUUCAGAAAGCUCAUGGGUUCCAAUAAGGUUGGAUUACCCCAGACUUUCAGGUACGAUUCCUACAAUUACGCUCAGAAUUUUGAUGACGGCAAGAGGAUUCGGGACUAAUUAAACCCACUGUUAAGCCUCACAUCUCAAGAAUCAAGUGUGCGCAUUAGUUUCUUUUCUUCUACUGCUUAUAGUAAUCUUCUUCCUGGAGGCUCUGCUUCUUCAUGUUGAGAAAUUAAGAUCAAGAUUAAUACCAAUUUCUUCCUGGGGUUUGAUUGCCUCUUAUGUGUAGCAAAUAUUGUGCUUUUUGUAUUGAAUUUUACCUUUCUUAAAUUGAUUUAUUUGUUGUGAGUA